AUGAUUCAAGGAAUCUUCUAUGCUAGGUUCUUUCCCAAGGAGGGUCCCCAUAUCGUGGCCCAGUCGCCGCCGGGCUGCAUCACCACCCCAUCCCCCGGGACCACGACGACGGCGAUGAAGCCGCCGCUCAUCGACUGGGAGGUGAUGCAGGAGUAUAUUGUCCCGCGCAAGGCCUUUUUCAACCGGUACAUGACGGUGCAGGACCCGGAGGGCAAAUACGCGGUGCUGGGGUUCCCCGUGCUGAUCCCGCACCAAAAGUACCAGCGCAACGAGUUCAUCUUCAACUUUGGUCUGGUAUUGGACGCCGACGCGGAUUUGGCGCAGUAUGAGCCCGUUGUGAGGCGGUUGGCGGUCACGUUUAAGGAGAUGGAGAAGCAGAAUGAGUAUUUGAGCCAGGAGGGCGGUGGUGCAGGAGCAGGAGCAGGAGCAGGAGGGGGAGGAGCGGCUGGUAUGAUGAGUGAGAGGAGGCCGAUUGAGAGUUUGUUGGAGAUUGUCAAGGAGGAUCUGAAUAACUAUGGCGAGUGCAUGAUUCCCGUUGACGACGCAAACACAAUCAACAUGAAGCUCUUCCCGCACCACGCCAGCCCGCCCCAGGUCCGCGGCUGGCACGUCCCCGUCGCAAAGAUGAAAUUCGCCGAAAUCGUCGACCAGACCUGGGACCUGACGAUGCAGAAAGUCGUCGCGCACAUUGACGGCGUAAACGACGUCCGCCGCAUCGCCUGGCUCGCCGACGUCUCGCUCGACCUCGCCACGCUGGCGCUGCGCCAUUUGUUGUAUUACGACACCGUCCUGCUGCUCGACAUGUUCUUCUUUGGGAGCUGCUACGCGCCGCGCCCCGGGAUCCACGACUUUGUCGCGGACAGGGAUGGGAUCGUGGACGAGUGCGCUGCGUACGUGUGUAUCCACGCCCGGCAGCGCGUGAGCAAUUUCAUGCUGAUUAAGCUCAUGACGAGUUUUGUCGUGGGGAAGAGUGUGAUGGAGUGGUUGCGCGCGCACCAGGAGGCUGGGUUUGAUGUGUUGAGGUACGUGGAUGUGAGGAGGUUGGUGCAGUUUGGUGUUAUCAAGGGGUGCUUGUAUCGCGUGCACAAGUAUGUCGUGUCCAAACAGUACCUUGCGGCGCUGGCGACCGGCCAGGCAAGACCGAAGGCUGGUGGAGGGGGGGAUGCGCUGCAGGUGUAUACGGACGGGUGUCACUCGUUUGAUCAGAUUAUUACGGAGAAGAAUCUGACGGAUGGGGAGAUUAUGGAGAAGCUUAAGGCUUUGCCGGUGCCGAGCGGGGACUUGACUGUGUUUUAUCGUUGA